AGUGACUGCUGUUAUCAAGAUGGCGCUGCGGCCAGGAUCUGGGGGAGGCAGCAGUUUUAUGUAUCCUGUCGGAGGGGGUUUGGGACCGCCACAAGGCAUGGUACCCAUGCAGCAACAGCAGCAGCAGCAACAGCAGGGCUUCCCUAUGGUUCCAGUCAUGCAGCCCAACAUGCAGGGCAUGAUGGGAAUGAACUUUGGAGGACAGAUGCCCCCUGGUGCCAUUCCUAUGCAGGGCGGCAUGGCGAUUGGCAUGCAGACCCCUGGGAUGCAGUUCUUGGGUCAGCCACAGUUCAUGGGUAUGAGACCUGCUGGACCCCAGUACACUGCUGACAUGCAGAAACAAAUGGCUGAGGAGCACCAAAAACGCCUGGAGCAGCAGCAGAAGAUGCUGGAGGAGGACAGAAAAAGAAGACAAUUUGAGGAGCAGAAACAGAAACUGAGGCUGCUCAGCAGUGUCAAACCCAAGACGGGGGAGAAGAGCCGCGACGACGCCUUGGAGGCAAUCAAAGGCAACCUGGACGGCUUCAGCAGAGAUGCAAAGAUGCACCCGACUCCAUCAUCACAGUCCAAGAAGCCAGACUCAUCGCCAUCACACCCGUCUGUCACCACUCACUCCCUCCCCCAAGCUUUGUCCGAGGAUAAUGAUGAGUUUAGUGACUUUCAGGGGCCUGUAGACGGCCCCGCCUCCUUCCCUCCACCCUCCUCCUCCUCCUCCUCCUCCACCACUACCACUUCUUCCACCUUCGGCCUCUCCUCUCAGGCCCACGCCCAGCCUUCGUCUUCUGCCCCCAAGACAGGUUUCUCUGAGGACGAUGAUGAGUUUAGUGACUUUGUUCAAGGGCCUCUAAAUGCUUUCCCUUCCUCCAGCUUCCACCUGUCCUCUCAAGCACAAGUCCAACCGUCACCCCCUCCCUCACAUUCCCUCCCCGAGUCCCUCCCUGCCUCUGUGUCCAUUCCCACUGCCACCCAACACUCUGCUGUCAACACCAGCUCCCAAUCUACAUUUCAAGGCCCGACCCUGGAAGAGAAGCUGUUCUCCUCAUGCGAUCUUACUGCUGAUAAGAUGGCCCAAGUUAGCUUUAGAUCCAGGCAGAGUAUGGCUGAAAUGACUCCUAGAACAAAAGUUUCAGCCCAGUAUCAAUCCAGCACAAAAGCGAGGAACUGGGCUGCUGCCCCUGAGGACUUGAGUUCUGCCUUCACCGCAGAAAAGCUACCUGAGGCCCCGGUGUCAGCACCCACCCACCCCCCACCAGCUACUGGCUCGUCUCCUCAGACCAGUAGUGACAGUGCAGGUGUUGGCGUGUACCCACAACAAGAGCACAUCCAGUCCAUGCUGCCAGCCUGGGUUUACAAUGACAGCCUCGUCCCAGAAAUGUUUAAGAAAGUUCUUGAAUUCACCAUGACACCGGCAGGGAUAGACACAGCCAAGCUCUACCCAAUAUUAAUGUCAUCAGGUCUUCCCAGGGAAGCGCUGGGGCAAAUCUGGGCGUCGGCCAAUCGCACAACACCUGGCAUGCUGACCAAGGAGGAGCUUUACACUGUACUUGCACUAAUUGGUGUGGCGCAGAGUGGCCUCCCAGCAAUGAAUGUGGAAAUCCUCGGUCAGUUUCCGUCUCCGCCAGUGCCCAACCUGCCGGCCCUGGCUAUGGCCAUGGCCCCCGUCAUGCCCCAGCACCAGCAGCCCAUGAUGACCCAGCCCCCAGUCUCCAUGGCCAUGCCCACACCAGCACCACCAGUCAUGGCCAUUGCACCCACAGCGCCGGCUCCACCCCCCACCAACACUAAUUUCAUUGCCAGUUUCCCUCCUGCACAGGGGACCAAAGCUGAUGACGACGACUUCCAGGACUUCCAGGAGGCUCCAAAGCCAGGAGCAGGAGACCAGGCCUUCAAUGAGUUCCAGGGGGAGUCGGGAGGAAGUUUCACCACCACCAUUGCACCUCAGCACCAAAACAGCACGCCUGCCAUGCUGACUCCAGUGUCUGGUUCCUCCUCCGCCUCCGCCACGUCCUCUGAUAAGUACGCUGUGUUCAAACAGCUGUCUGUGGAUCAGCCUGCAGAGCCUGCACCCCCUGCCUCAGAUAUUGGAGACAAAUACAGUGUGUUCAGACAACUUGAACAACCUGCUGACAAGAAACCAGUCGGGGAAGGAUUUGCAGAUUUCAAGUCUGUCAGCGCUGAUGAUGGCUUCACAGACUUUAAAACCGCCGACAGCGUCUCUCCACUAGACCCUUCAGAUCAAGCCAAGAUCUUUCAGCCUGCCUUCCCCUCUGCUUUCCCAAACUCUCAGUCUCUACAGCAACUUCCACAGCAGCAGCAGCAGCAGCAACAGCCAGUAGUGUCUCUUUCUCAGCCCAAAAACCCUCUCAACAUGGCCGACCUGGACCUUUUCUCUUCUAUAGCUCCCUCUGUUCCUGCCCCCACUGAGACAAAACCCAGUACAUUCCCCUCCGUGUCUGUGCCCCCCUCUUUAGUGCUCCUGCCAGGUGGGGCCAAGCCUCCUGGGGGAGGAGCAGAUGAUUUUGGUGACUUUGCCCUUUUUGGCUCCUCCUCUGACGCCACUCAAGCUUCAACAGCAGGAGGAGCUGCAGCAGCGCCUCAGGAUGACUUUGCAGACUUCAUGGCGUUUGGCAGUUCCGGUGGAGAGCCCAAAGGCGAAAGCAGCGCGGGGGUCCAAGGGGAGCCCUCCACACAGCAGCGGCCUCAGCAGAGCUCAGACAAGUAUGACGUGUUCAAACAGCUCUCUCUGGAGGGAGGCCUCGCCUACGACGACACCAAGGAGAGCGGCGGAGGCUCCUUUUCUUCUCUCAAGAGCGACACGGACGACUUUGCCGACUUCCAGUCCUCUAAGUUCUGCACAGCGCUCGGGGCCUCGGAAAAGACUCUGGUGGACAAGGUGGCCGCUUUCAAACAGGCCAAGGAAGACUCUGCCUCAGUCAAGUCCCUCGACCUCCCGUCCAUCGGCGGGAGCAGCGUGGGAAAGGACGACUCCGAGGACGCUCUCUCAGUGCAGCUGGACAUGAAGCUGUCGGACAUGGGAGGAGACCUGAAGCACGUGAUGUCAGACAGCUCUCUGGAUUUGCCGGGUCUCUCGGCCCACCAGCCCCCUGCUACAGAAGGAGACGACAUGAAAUUUGACCCCUUUGGGACGUCGGCCCUCAGCACCUUGGCCAGCUAUGACUGGUCAGACCGGGAGGAAAAUUUGCCCGGUGAGGUCAGAAAGCCGCAGGGCUUGGAAGGAGCUUCCCUUCCGUCGUUAGUCCCAACACAGAGGAAGGAACUGACCUUUGGCAGCACUGAAAACAUCACAAGUGGCCCCGUAGCAAAGAUCACCACCUCCUUUCCCGCAGAGGACAGCUCAUCUGGAGAUGACAAGGUUGAAGCCUUCGCUGACUUUGGCCCCGGUGAGCACGGCGGUGUCGAUGACGAGGACGACUUUGGAGAUUUUGCAAGUACUGUUUCUGAAAAGUCAGACUCGCCCGCCGCCACUGCUGAGGCGGGCUCGGAGGGAAACCAAAGCGAGGCCUCGGAUGAGUUUGGCGCCUUCCAGGGGGACAAGCCCAAGUUUGGCAAAUCUGACUUCCUCAAAGCCAGCGCUCAGGCCAAAGUCAAAUCCAGCGAGGAGAUGAUCAAGAACGAGCUGGCGACCUUUGACUUGUCUGUUCAAGGUUCCCACAAACGCAGCCACAGUUUGGGUGAGAAGGAGAUUGGCCGUUCGCCUCCGUCUCCGGCUCCAGAGCAGCCUUUCAGAGACCGAUCCAACACCCUGAGCGAGAAGCCCGCCCUGCCAGUCAUCAGGGACAAGUACAAGGACCUGACUGGGGAGGUGGAGGAGAGCGAGCGCUACGCGUAUGAGUGGCAGAGGUGUCUGGAAAGUGCUCUGGAGGUCAUCACCAAAGCCAACAACACCCUGAACAGCAUCAGCAGCUCCUCCGUCUGCACUGAGGUCAUCCAAUCUGCUCAGGGCAUGGAGUACCUGCUGGGUGUGGUGGAAGUGUACCGCGUCACCAGGCGCGUGGAGCUGGGCAUCAAAGCGACGGCAGUGUGCUCUGAAAAGCUGCAGCAGCUGCUGAAGGACAUCAGCCGUGUGUGGAACAACCUCAUAGGCUUCAUGUCGCUGGCAAAGCUCGCGCCUGAUGAAAGCUCCCUAGAUUUCUCCUCCUGUAUUCUGAGGCACGGCAUCAAGAAUGCCAAGGAGCUGGCUUGUGGGGUUUGUCUGCUCAACGUCGACGCUCGCAGCAAGAACAAAGAAGAGAGCACUAUUGGACGUCUGUUUAAACGAGCAAUGACUAAAGACAGUGACAGGAGGUUGAGGGCGUUCAACUCGGAGACGGACAACUUCAAGCUGCUGUACGGCGGCCACCAGUACCACGCCAGCUGUGCCAAUUUCUGGAUUAACUGUGUGGAGCCCAAACCCCCGGGCCUCAUCCUGCCCGACCUGCUCUGAGCUGCCAUGGUAACAGGGCACCAGCUAAUUAACAUCAGAUAGGCGGAGCGGCCGGUCGCCUCACGCCAACAGAAGGACGUUUAAAGUCACUGGAUCGUCUGUAUUUAUUUAUUUUUUAUCCUGAAAUCUCAGUUUUGUUGAACUCGGCUGUCACUCAGACCGAGGUCAUGAUCUUUUCUCUAAAUAUCGCUAUUGUUCCCCUUUUGCUCGUCCAUUAAAUAAAAAAUCUCCUGAAGCAUAUAGGUCAGCUGUGUAGGUCAUAUUUAAAUCUAUUACUAAUGCUGCUUUUGACAAAUUAUUUCUACUGAUUUCCACUGCAGAAUGAAGUCAAUGUUAAUAAAUAUUCACUCAUCGCUGAGUCAUAUUUAAAUUAUUAGGUGUGCAAUAUCAUUAAAAACACUGGCAGAGGAUGUCUGUAAAAACCUUGAGUUUUUAAUGUCCCUUGUUGUUUUUGCUUCUGUUUGAAUUUUAUUCAUGACUCUCUUUGUUCCCAGUGAACCAGACGUGUCGAAUCAUAAGUCUGCUAUUGUACUUGAAUUAUAUUUGUGCGUCGGGUCUGUCUGAUGAAACUCUGCGGCUCUUAUGGUUUUAAUAUCUUUUUUGGAAAAUCUAACAUUCGAACCAUCACUGCUCUGCUCGAAGGCAGGCGUCUCUCUUUUUAUGCGUUGUGUUGAAUUAACUGCUUUGAAUGUCUUUUGCACUGUCGGGAGGAAACUUCAACACCUCUUGGGGUAUUUAAAUCGUAUUUUAUAGGUAUUUUGGGGGUAAAGGGUGUACAAGUUUGCUACUUGAAGGGAACCGUGUUCGCAGUUGUGAUUUUCUGUAUUGGUGUUGUGUGCAGAGCUGGAAGUCUGGAAGAAGUCGACUGAUUAUGAAGGAAACCUACAGCAGCAUUUUCUGUAUAUUACAGUGUCAUGCUGUAGCAUUGUAAUUAUCACCAACUGUAAUGUGAAUGUGAUGUAAAUAAAUGAGCGUGCUUACAGUUUAAA